CAUUCUUAGGGGUUAAAGGGUUAACAAACUGUUAAGUUAGGAAAGUUCUGCUGCAAAAUAAGUGGGAGUGAAGUUCACAGAGGUGACUUUCUCUCUAAAGUGAAAACAUGCAUGGAAUGAUAUUCCAUUCCUGAACUAAAGGCUAUAUGUAUCACUGAUCAACUCUGAUGAAUCACAAAAGGUAAAUGUUGCCAAUCUCAUUUUUUGUGUUGUUGUUAUAGAGAGAAGAAGCCUCAGUCCAAAAACAAUCUCAAGGACCAACAGUGUUAGAAGUGCUUUCAGUGUUAUUUCCUGCGACUAAAAAUGAAGAUCGAAAUCUGAACUAGCUACCACCCCCUUAGGGACAGAUUUGCAAUUAUUGGGCAUUGCAGACUUAAUGAAGGAGGUACGUUUGUACAUUGCAAACUGAUCUGACUUCGUCAUGGCGGGAUUGCCUGUGGAUAGGAAUUUCUUGUGGACCAUGUUCUCCAGAAUUGACACAGAUCGAAGUGGUUCUAUUUCAGCCGAUGAACUUCAACAAGCUCUUUCAAAUGGAGCCUGGACACCAUUCAAUCCAGAGACAGUGCGCCUUAUGAUUGGUAUGUUUGAUCAUGAUAACUCAGGGGCAAUAGAGUUCAAUGAGUUCCAGGCAUUGUGGCAGUAUGUAACAGACUGGCAAAGAACAUUUAGAAGUUAUGAUCAAGACAACUCUGGAACCAUUGACAGGGAAGAACUCAAGACAGCUCUUACAAACUUUGGGUACAGAUUGUCUGAGAGAAUGUACACUAUUCUUAUAACAAAGUUUGAUCGCUGUGACAGAGGCUCAAUCAACUUUGAUGAUUUCAUUCAGUGUUGUCUGAUAUUACAGAUUCUGACAAAUUCCUUCAGAAGCCGUGACCGAAAUCUGAAUGGCUGGAUAACAAUAGGAUAUGAAGAUUUCUUAACAAUGGUGUUAAGCUUGAACCUAAAUUAGAUACUCUUUGAAAAGGACGAUGUACUGAUAUAUGGUGAAGAGAAAUUAUGGCUUGGUCACUCCUAGAGGUGGACAGGUGGAGCUGAAAAUUUUUUAUAACAUUUCUACUCCCACGGAUAAUUUUACAAUAAUGUGUAAAGUUUAAGAUUAUUAUCAUUUAGAAUAUAUCAUUUUGACAACUGAAUAUUUCAGAUUGUAGUAAUAGAUAAUAUCAUGUCAAUGAUGGCAGUUAAAUAAAUAUUAAUAGACUUGUAAGAUAUGCCCAGAAAAAAUUGUCAUGGAGCUGAAAAAUUCUUAUAACAUUUCUGCUCCCACGGAUAAUUUUACAAUAAUGAGUAGAGUUUAAGAUUAUUAUAAUUUAGAAUAAUUACUGGCAUCUUGUAUCUCCUUAUAAUAUCACCCCUGAAUCAAACAUUUAUAUCACAAGUGUAAAGGAAAUGAUCACCAACUAAUUUAAUGGAUGAAAGGGGUAAGUUUCUAAAGAAACUGUAGUGCUGCGUCAAUCACUCUGACGAAGGGCUAACGCUCAAUGCGUCAGCUUUUUAGCCUUUAUGGUGGCUAAUUUAUGUUUUCAACUCAGUUGUUAACACUAAAUUACCUAAUUUAAUGGAAGCUCUGGAUUUUAAACAGCACCUCAGGAAAUGCAGAGAGAACAGUGUGGCAAAUAUGUAUUCCAAGUUAAAGAGUAAAAGGUUAAUGGCACUGGUUAUUUGUAACAGGCACAUAGAAAGUAACUAUGCAAGCAAGACAAAACCAACAAGUUUUUAUUAACAGCCUUGGUCAAAUUAAGGUGGACAUUUAUUUUGCCUGCCUCAUAAUUAGAACAUUUUGUAUCAAAGUGAUGUAGUUUAAUAUUUCUUGUAAUAAAUAUUAAUUAUUCUUCA